UCUGUGAUACAGAUGAAAAAAUGUUUAGAUCAUAUUUAUUAACACUGUUAUGUAAAAUUCCAGUGUCAGCUGAACUGAGAAACGUGAAAUUAACAGCAGAAGAUAUAAAAGAGUGUUAUGAAUUCUUGGCUUGUGAUGCAAAAAUAACGUUACUUCAAGGACUCUCAACUUUAGAACUCUGCUUGGUAAUAGCCAUGACUCACCAAAUGGAGUUGUAUGAUGAUGAGCCGUUUAACUUUGAGAUGAUAUUAAACCGUUACUUGAAGUUUGCCAAACAGUCCAACAGUGUAAAACUGAGUGAGCGGCCUGUUGUUUUGAAAGCAUUUGAAAGACUACAGGCGCUUGAGCUGAUAAUUCCUCUGAGUGGAAUGGCUGGACGCAGUGGACUCAAAGAGUAUCAAAUGUACAACUUCUUGCUCACCAAGUCCCAAGUGACUUCUGCCCUUCAGUCCUAUGUUGGAUUGCAGACGGAUAUCGUUCAAUGGGCCAACAGUAGUCUAGAUUAGGUUGUAUAUGUUUUUGUACCUUAAUUUCUUUGUAUAAUUAUUUAUUUAUUGUCCAUAAAAGGUUUUUAUCAAUA